AAACAGUUAAGAGACCUGCUUACAAAAUUAAACGACAACGUUUGUCCAAGCUUGCCAACUGAUCCUGUAUCAAAAUCUGCUAGUAAAGUUGCUGCUUCAUAUCCGUGGGCAACUCCGAUCGGUGUCGCUUACAGUGAUUUUAAUUUAAAGCCAUUUAGCAUCUGUUUACGGUAGACUUUUCUUUUUCUCCACGUUAGGGUUUAUAUAACUAUUCAGUCGCUAGAUUCUUUUUUUCUUGGAAGAAUGCAGGUUACGUGUUUGUUGAAAUGCCGCUGAGAAAUGUGUAUUUGUUUUUGCACGUAUUUACUCCAUGAUAUUCAGAUGGUUAUUCCAGGAUAUGUCAACUUGACCGAGCUUUUAUUAUUGGUUUAUGUUUGAUUACAAUCAUUUAUUUUAUUUACUUGUUCAUGAACUUUCUUGAACUUUUGAUAAUUCUUUUGAACUCUUUUUUCAGGUGGAUAAAAGGUUUUUUAUGAUGUUUAGAAUGCAAUGUGGAAUGUACUGAGCUUUUGACGGCCAAGUACUUCAUGCACACUAAUGCUGAAAGCAGCAAAGCUCACAGUUCAUGUGGGCAAAACCUUCCGGUUUUUGCGCAAAUUCCCGAAUUUUCCCGCGGGGUUCUCUAGGAAUUUUAGUUAUAGCAGCUUGCGAGAUGAUGAUGGUUCUGAAAAUGAGACGGAAUGGGAAAGAUUACUCAAACCAUUUGACCUCAAAGAGCUUCGAAGAUCUUUUAAUCAGAUCACCCCAUUUCAGCUUUGUAAACUGCUUAUAUUGCCACUUGAUGUAUCCACAUCGAUGGCUAUAUUCCAACGGGCAGGUUCUCAAAAGGGCUACUGUCACACAUUUGACGUGUACCAUGUGUUAAUUGAUAAGCUUGGGGCAGCCAAGGAGUUUAAAGCAAUAGACAAAUUGUUAUUGCAGAUGCAAGAGGAAGGGAUUGUUUUUAGAGAGUCCUUAUUCUUGUGUAUAAUGAAACAUUAUGGGAGGGCUAGCUUUCCCGGCCAAGCUACUAGAUUGUUAUUGGAUAUGAAGGGUGUUUAUGACUGUGAACCAACUUUUCGAUCAUAUAAUGUUGUGCUGGAUAUACUUGUAUCUGGUAACUGUCCUAGUGUUGCAUCUAAUGUUUUUUAUGACAUGCUGAGCAAGGGUGUUAUACCCACUGUAUACACCUUUGGGGUGGUGAUGAAAGCACUUUGUAUGGUGAACGAAGUUGAUAAUGCUUGCUCAUUGCUUAAAGACAUGAUGCAAUAUGGAUGCACCCCAAAUGCAAUUGUCUAUCAAACUCUCAUUCAUGCACUUUCCAAGAGGGAUAGAUUAAAUGAAGCUUUGAAACUUUUAGAUGAAAUGUUUCUUUGGGGUUGCAUGCCUGAUGUUGAUACCUUCAAUGAUGUUAUUCAUGGCUUAUGCAGGCUCAACAGGAUUCAUGAGGGGGCAAAAUUGGUUGACCGGAUGCUUAUCCGGGGUUUCACUCCAAAUGAUAUGACUUAUGGAGUUCUAAUGAAUGGGUUGUGCAGAGUAGGGCAAGUUGAUGAAGCCAAGAUGGGCUUUGCAAGAAGGGACUUAUGGGUUCAGCUCUUGAAUUGGUCAACGACAUGUCUGUCAAUGAUUGCAAGCCCAAUGUAAUCACGUACACUAUUUUGCUUGAUGGAUUCUGCAAGAAAGGUCAACUAAAGGAAGCUGGUUAUGUUUUAAAUGAGCUUUCUGAGAAGG